UUAUUACUUUUUCUUGAAAUCUUUGUCUUAGUACAGCUCUAACAAAAUCUUCUUUUUACUGUAAAGAUACUUUCUUUUUGUGUAUAUAGACAUAUUUGCAUGUGAACUCUGGUUUGAAUGUGCCAGAGGUACCGAUAAAUGAUUUGAGUUUGCAGAAUUCGGUACCUAGACAUCGUGGUUUGAUCUUGAAUAGCGGUGCCACACGUCUUGAUUCUGGUUCGGUUCCAUUGUCAGACAAUGCUGCUGGCAAUUGGGCGCAUUUAUGGAAUAGCAAAAGGCAAUAUAACCUUAAUGGGGAGGGUCAAAAGAUCGAUUGUCAUAGCUUAGCGAUUGACCAUAAUGAGAAUUUUCCUUAUGAAACUAAAACCCCAGUUUGGUCGUUUCCAAUGCAUAGAUCUGAACAAUUACAGUAUCCCCGUCCUUCAUCUAUGGCAAAUGUUCCUUCAGGCAGUCUGAAAUCACCUGUGCCGAACGUACAGAUUGAGCCCCCUUCAAACCAAAUAUAUGGUGCCAACAAAUGCCCACGUCUUUGGCAGGAAGAAGAACAGAUGAUUGGCAUGAAGAGGUCGUAUCCUUUCAUUGUAGAAGAUGCUCCUGUCCCCUCCUACACUAAAUACCCUCCUGCAUAUGCUUCUCUUAUCCCCGGAAAAGAUGAAGCUGCUCCAUGUAGCAAUGAUUGUAUUUCUACUAUUCAACCAGCCAACACACAGUUCCUAAGAGAAUUGCCUUUGAGCUCGAAUGGUAUGUCAGAGCCAAAAAAUAAAAAUAUUAUCAGUGAAUUUGGAGGUUCUAAUGGAGAAUUUCUCACACUGGCACCUCCGGCAGAGCUUUCAUCAUCUUAUAUAAGGCGCCACUGUCAAGAAGUGCCCGACUUUGAUGCUCUGCCUUAUCAGGAUAUCACUGAUGAGCAAGUCAAGUGGCCAGAAGCGGGGCGAUUAACUAAGCAACCCUUUUAUAACUUUUUGCCACCAUCAAGUGCAGUAAAUGGUCCCUUAGCAGGCAGUGGAAGCAACAACGGUGAACAAGCAGAAGCUGUUGAUCUCAACUUGAAGUUAUAAAUGCGUAUAUUUUUACAUUUCACAUGCAGCUGAGCUCUUCCGCUCUUAAGUGAACAUCUUAUUAUUAUGUUUAAGUGGUAAUUUUUUGUAAGCUGACUAGAAUUUUGAAAGUUCUGGAAGUCUAAAGUAUGAAUUGAGAUGUUUUACAUCUGAAGUGCUAAACCACAGAUGUUUUUGAAACAAAUGCCAUUUAUCUUGCU